GUGUGUGGUGCUCGUGCAGUGGAAGGGUGUGCGCGUCCCUCGCUCGGGAGUGAUCCAGUGAUGCCCAGCGCGCAGUGAGUGCAGUGCCUGAGCGACAUGCUGACCGCCUUGCAGGGGGGGCUGUAUACCUCUCCCUCGCGACCCCUCCCCCCAUCGCCCCCCAUGGUGACUCCUACUGCUGAUGCACCCUUACCUUCCCCAAAGUCUCGACACCAGCUGCAGUACUGCGAUGCCUGCAACACCGCCUGUGUGUUCAUGAACAGUCGGAGGCGCAAGUUCCAGGCUCGCUAUGAAGGCUACGUACUGCUCAAGAGGGUGGCGGCCCUCAGUACGCGCCUUCAUCUGCCCUACGUCAUGGCCGAGGGCGACAGUCCUCCUUAUCACCGCCGUCACUCGUGCGGCGACGUCUUGGAUGAGAACGGCGACCCUCCCUCGGACGAUGUAGAAAUACAAGUUCCGCAGACGUCGCCGCCGAACUCAUACUCCAGGUCGAUGUCGCACUGUGAGUGGCGUCGCCCCGAGGACGACUCGACUCCCACUUGGGAGAAGGUGGUGAAUAUGGAGGAACCUUGCCAGCCAGAUCGCCGCCCCACCACCCCCACCCACACCACCACCCUCGGCACUCAGCCCUCCGUCGGGGGUGUGGAGGUCAGGAGUGUGGAUCCCUCGGGUCGCAAACCCCGCCGGCACUCCGCUAUGAUGGAGCGGUUGGCCUGCGGCCACCAGCGGCUCUGCAGGAAGAAGUCUCGUUCUCAGGACAACCUGGUUGGUCGCCGGGGCAGCGGGGGCGGGGGCGGAGGGCCCCUUCGUCUCAAUAACAGCAUCAUUCCGCCCCCUGCGGCCCUCACCACCUCCCUCUCCCGUUCCGAGGGCAGCAUCCAUAACGUCCACGCUGUCUUGAGCGCCGUGCCCGUCAUGGUCGACGACGUGGGCGUGGGCGGCCUGCGGGCGGAGGUUGGUGAACUGGCCAGGCUGCCCAAGCGGCUCUUACACCGCGUCACGGGCGAAGUAGGACAGCUGGUGUUCGACCUUGAGGGCUGGCGGGAGGAAUACCUCGUCCUCACGCACACCGCCAUCGCUGCCAGAACGGCGACGGGGGUGCUGGAGUCCCUGGUGCCGUACUCGCAGAUCGAGGACGUGCACGUGGUGGUGCCGUGCGGGGCCUCCGGACACAAGUUCUGCGUCAGGGUCAUCGUCAGGGACGGCGCCCUGCUCCUCCAGGCGAAUAAUUCCUACACAAGAGACCAGUGGCUACAUUCUAUUAUAUGGAAGAAACAUGUGUACAAGUACCGGAAUGUGCUGCGGACGGCCCAACGCCCCGAGGUACUCAUCAAAGAACUCAAAAACCUAGUGGAGCUGUCGCUGACCACACCCCUGCACGACCACACCGUCUGUCGCGUGCCCCUGGAGCUGGCCUCCUCCAUCCUCACUACGGGUGAGAAGUGGCUGAGUCGACAGAUGACGGAGGAGAUCAUUGUGACGCUAGCGCCCCUCUUGGAGAACAAUCAGCCCUCUCCAGAGAUCUGCCAGUUCUUCAGCCAACACUGUACAGACAACCCUCGCUCCUGCCUCGUCAUAGACAUGUUCACCCCGAUAAUUAAAAGGAUAUUGAAACACAACGUGGACUUUGGAAAGUACCCUUAUGUUCGUCGUUUUGUGCAAGACUACAUCCAGGCACUGAACAGUCAGAAUGAUGGGCGGAGAGUUGUUCACGAGUUUGUGCACAGCAUGCAUGGACAAACUAGCACUUGCCCUCACCUACGAGUUUUACCAAAUCUGGUGGCUGUCUGCACGGCAGCUGUUUGCGUGCUUGUUGCCGAACAGAAGGACCAGGAACGCCUCAAUUCCCUCAGUCAAACCUCUGAUGAAACUGCCACCAACCUUAGCUGCUACUUGAGUGUCCUUAACAAAAUCUGCGAGUAUGAUGAUUGGAGACCUGGCCUUGCUCAGCUCUUGCAACCCAUCCCCUUCCCUGAUGUGGCUCUUGCCGACGAGGAAUUCAUCAGACAAAUCCUGCCAGUCAUUGAGCAAAUAGGGACUGAUCCACGAUGUGAAGUCCACCAAAUGGUGCUAGGGACACGGGACGACAAGGAGGGAUGGCUAAGUGUCUUAUGUCCUUCCUCUUUAGCAUGUGUUGACGAGGGCUCUGCCUGGGCUUCAAUUUUGCAGACACUAAUUUCAUGCUGCUGCAAGAGAAAGAAGUUUCUAGGAAUGUUGGUGAAGUCUUUGGGUGCCUGUAUGUUGUUGGCUCUCAGGGGAAAUGUCACUGCUCAGGAUGUACUUUGUCUAAUGUUGGAGUGGAAACUGAUUGAAGGAUCAGACCAGAGCCUCCAGGUGGUGACAACAUUGCAAUCAACACCCACAGGAAAAAGACUCUAUCAGGCACUGUGUGACCGCCAGAUGCAUCUCAGGGAAUUGCAACAGAAGGGCGGCCCCAGGAAGCUUACACUUCCCAGUCGAAGUACUGAUGCAGAUGUCAACCGCAUGCUCUCUUCUGGAUCAUUUGGAAACUUGGAGUGUCUGUCCUUGUAUAAAUCUCUGGACCCACUAGCUAUGCCAUUGGCAGCCAUCAAGAGCCUAAGAAAAUUAAACCUUAAUAGUACAAGCUUGUCUGUGGAAACUUUUGAAACGUUAAAAGAAACACUGCCUUCCCUUCUGGAGGUAGAUGUGCGAUAUACAGAUGCUUGGUGACCCUCGCCUCCCUCUGCUGACUCGCUUGAUGUCAGCAGAUCACCGGGUGGACCCACUGCUUUUCUUAGACGCAUCCUCAACCAGCUCGGGCGAAGGAGGCGAGACAGAGACAGGAAACAAGAUUCGCCGGGGGAAGAGAAAAAUAAUACGAGGAGAGAUUUUAUGUGUUUGCCAAGGUUUGAAGGGAAAGUUCUUUCUAAGAAGAACUGCUUAGUCAAAGCAAAGAGUGAAGAACAAAAUAUUGUUAGGAGGAACCUUCUUGUUAGAGCUAGAAGUGAAGACCAAACUACAAUUACAAGUAAUAUAUUUGUCAGGGCCAAUAGUGAAGAACAGAAUUCUGUGACAAAGAAUGUUCUUGUCAGAGCCAAUAGUGAAGAACAAAAUGCUAUUACAAGAAACAUUCUUGUUCGAGCCAAUAGUGACGGUAAAAGAUACAAGAUAAGCAAUCUUCUCUGUGAAAGACAACGCGCUGUUGCUAGCCAGGAAACUGUGCAUUACAAAGAUUAGCAUUUGAUACCUGACACUCUUGAAAUGUAUAUUAGUAUUUAAGGAUAUAUAAUUCAUAUUGAAUAAUAUGAGAAACAAAACUUAUGUAUUUUCUAGUAAAUGAGAAAAAAUUGACUUUUCAAAGUGCAUCGUAUGUUGGAGAAUCAAUUGUGAAUAUCUUGCCAAAAAUGAAGUUUAAGAUCAAUGCAUGUUUACCAUUAAUAUUUAAUUAUUUUCAUCUAAGAAUUGGUAUAUAUAUAUGGUUUCUUAUUUACUGCCAACUGAAUCAGUAACUUCUCCUCUGAAAAUGCAGUAUUGUUAUAUCGGGCACUGUUAGAUGUUGUAAAAGUUUUUUUUUUUUUUUUUUUAAUUUAUUAUAUUUUAACUGCUUAAUAUGUUUACGUACAUACACUUCUGUACAGUAUAUACACAGAUGCAUUUACAUAUUUUUUACCUAUGUUCAGAUGCAUGCAAACACACACACAAAUACACAUACAAUGUAUUUGCUAUUCCAAAGACUUAUGGGGCAUUCUGUAGAUUCCCUGAGUUAUAAUGUUUUAUAGGUCUGACUGUGGUAUCUGAGGAAUAAAUUAAGUUAUGCAUAAAUUACAUUACAAAUAAAUUACAGCAUCCCUGAGAUGUGAAGAUCAUUACGAGGAGCUGAGUGCAUCUUUAUCUUUCUUUUCCUCCUGGUGAAGGAAAUUCAAGUUUGGUUUUAACACACGUAUAGGCAUCUUUUAUCAAUUAAAUUGAUUAGGAUCGUGUUGAACUGCCUUAAAUCUAAAAUAAAAUGGUUCAGAGUCAUCAUUCCAAAAUAUGGUUUGUUGCAGGGAACUGAAAAUAUAGUUGGCAUUAGUUUUGCCUGUUUGUACUUCAGGGUGUAGAGUUGUGCCCGCACAUGUACUCACCUAAUUGUACUUGACUAAUUGUGCUUGUGGGGGUUGAGAUUUGACUCUUUGGACCAGCCUCUCAACUGCCAAUAAACUGUGUAUGUGUGUGUGUGUCUGGGUGUUUGUGUGGAUGCACGCAUUCAUGUGUGUGUGUAUAUAUUUCACCUAUUUACGGCAACCAGAGUAGAGGUACAUGUCAAUUGUGUCCUAUUUUAUUAUUUAUUAUAAAUAUUUUCCAGUGGUUUUUGGCUCUGCCUCCUUUUGAUAAAACGUCAGCUCUACCCAUCUACCUCUAUUUGUUGACAUAUAGUAUUAUGGUACUGUCUUUCUCUACUCUUUUUCUUUCUUUGCCAAAUGAUGGUUCAAAGAAGUCUUUUCUUUGUAAUGUGGUUAUGUAGGUAUAAUGUCUCCUUUUAUCUCCUGGCUUUCUGUGAUUUGAUUGAUGGCAUGUUUUUUAUUAUUUUAUAUUUUAAAUAAUUUUGUCAGGGACAGACAGCCUGUGAAAAUAUAUAUAUAUAUGUUGGGCUUAUAUCUAGGUCCCCCUUCCCCCCAAGAUCAAACUUCUGACCCUGCCCAGGAUGCAGUCCCACAACAGUUGACUAACGCCUGGAUACCUAUUUACCCCUCGGCAAACAGACAUUAGGCGAAAGGAAACAUGCCCAACCAUUUCUCUUCCGCCUGGAAUUCGAACACAAGAUUCCCAGUUGUGAGUUGAGAACAAACCCAUCUGUACUACCGAGACCCUAUUUUGUUGAUAUGGUACCUUGGGUGCAAACACCAUACUACAACAGUAUAGCUCAACUAUUUAUUGUUAUGAAUUUUCUUUGCAUUUCUCCAUCCAUAUACUUUACUGUACUUAAAUGCACAGUAAACUCAC